AUGAGCUCCAAAGGCAAAGGCAAAGCAGAAGAUGGGCCCGCCGCCGCGGCAUCCGAUCUCGACCUGCUCCCAUGGGUCGAAAAGUACCGCCCUGCGAGCCUCGACGACCUCGUCUCGCACAAAGACAUCACAUCGACCAUCCAGAACUUCAUCGACAAGAACCGUCUCCCGCACUUGCUCUUCUACGGUCCACCAGGAACGGGUAAGACAUCUACGAUCCUCGCCAUGGCGCGCAAGAUCUUCGGCCCGCAGUUCCGCAACAGCGUCCUCGAGCUCAAUGCAUCGGACGACAGAGGUAUCGAGGUGGUGAGGGAGCAGAUCAAGAGCUUUGCCAGCACAAAGAGUGUCUUCAGCUCGAAAGGAGGCUUCAAGCUCAUCGUACUGGACGAGGCCGACGCUAUGACUCAGGCUGCGCAAGGCGCGCUUAGGAGAGUGAUCGAGCAGUACACCAAGAACGUGCGCUUUUGCAUCAUCUGCAACUACGUCAACAAGAUCAUCCCUGCGAUCCAGUCGCGCUGCACGCGUUUCCGCUUCAACCCGCUCGAGCUCGACCAAGUCGAGGACCGGCUGAAUCACGUCAUUGAGAACGAGGGGUGCAAGAUCACGCAGGACGGCAAGGAGGCGCUGCUCAAGCUCUCGCGCGGUGACAUGCGUCGAGCGCUCAACGUGCUGCAAGCGUGUCACGCCGCCUCGGACCACAUCGACGAGACGGCGGUCUACAAUUGCACCGGCAACCCGCACCCGCAGGACAUCGAGGCCGUGCUCAAGUCCAUGAUGGAGGACGAGUUCACGACGGCAUACAGGACAGUGUCCGAAUUGAAGACGGCCAAGGGCAUCGCGUUGGCAGAUAUGAUCAGUGGCGUAUACGACUUGUUGGCGACCAUCAAGCUGCCGGCCAAGUCGAGGAUCUACUUGUUGGACCACCUCGCGGAUACUGAACAUCGAUUGAGUACAGGCGGCUCGGAAAAGAUCCAGCUGACCGCUCUGCUCGGAGCUGUCAAAGUCGCUGUAGAGCUCUCACAAGCCAAGUGA